AUGAGCACAAGAUUGGACAGACUGUUUUUGCUGCUGGAUACCGGGUCAACAUCUUUGAUUCGCAAAUCUGCAGCAGAGCAGCUUGGUGAUGUUGUCAGACUGCAUCCCUUCGAGAUCAGCAACCUUCUGAGUAAAAUUCACAGUUAUCUCAGAAGCUCCAGCUGGGAGACCAGGGUGGCAGCUGGGCAGGCAGUGGAUGCUAUUGCUAAAAAUGUCCCCCAAUGGGAACCAAGAGGGGCCCCUAAGUCUGAGUCCAGCAUGGCCAGUUUUGUGGGAACAGGCACAGUAUUGUUCUCCCAGUUUGAUGUGAAGAGAGUCUUGGAAUGUGGGGCCUCAUUGCUGGCUUCUGAAGGGGAUCAGUACGACAUAGCACAGCCUCUUGUCGACAUGGAUGACAAGGAACAGUUACUACAACAGAGGCAACUCUUAAACAAACGCUUGGGCUUAGACAUUGCAGGAAGUCUGGGCAUUGAUUCCAGUAACCUCUUCAAUGAUGAUGACCUGCGAAUGACAGUGAACUCAGCCCUUCCUAACACCAAUAAUAACUCACAGCCAGUGGUUGAAUUGCUGCGGUCAGCAGUUAGCUGGGGCUAA